AUGGCAGACAUCCGUUUCACUUGCUCUGAUGCAGCAUCGCUGUUGGCGAAGCUGAGAAAUUCUUGCAGAGAAUGGAGUCUCACUGAUCUCGACCGCAUUGAGGAUGAACUCUUGCAUACCAUCUCGGACGUUCGGGUGUCCAUUAAUGCACAGCGCCCUGUCAAUCGUCUUCCUGUCGAGAUUCUCAGCGAAAUCUUCCACCAAGUACUACCACCAUUCCAGUUGGCUUCCUAUCUUAAAAGCCUCAGCCCCCAAAGCUUCUUAGUCUGGGAUCCCUUCUUUGAUUUCAAGGAUACGGAUGCGCUACUUCCACUCACGCAUGUGUGUCGCUGGUGGCGCGAUGUGGCAUUGGACACACCCACUCUUUGGACGACCCUCUUCGGCUCCUCUCAUUCUGCAGCCAUUGAUGAGUAUCGUCUCCGCUCGAAAAGCGCGCCGUUGAAAGUGCUCAACGUUGAAAAUAAGCAUCUCGACGUGCAACAGCUGUGGCGCACUGACGGACAGCGCAUUCAAUCGCUCGCGUCGAAGACAGGGUGUGAUCCCGGCCUACACAUGUCCUACGCCCAAGGACUCCACGCCUUGGUUGCGCGGGGUUGCCUGCUUCAAGGCGAUGUUUCCAACCUCAAGGCGCUUACCCUAUGGGCCGUGGAUUGGCACCUGCCUAGUACCCCCAUCAAUCUCACGCACCUUUUCCUCGCCAAAAGGCGGCUACGCGUUGUAGACUUGUUUCGCAUCUUGUCGAUUGCGCCGAGAUUAGAGGACCUGGGCCUAUACAGAAUCAGCGCUGAGGAGGCAUUCGACCCUCAUGGAGAUAUUCCUGCUGUGGCCCUCCAGCAUCUUCGCCGUCUCGCAAUCCAUUAUCCGGACAGGAACAUUGUAUCCGGACUCUUCUCGCACGUCGGUCUUCCUGCGCGCUUGGCGGUCAACUUCGAAAACUGUGAAGUGUCCGACCUUCGGUGGCUAGUCCCUCUGACCCAGAAUGACGUCAAGUUUGUGUGCAUCUCUGCCUUGAAGUCCUCAGUAAUCGCAGCUGGACCUUCGAAAGCGGUGCGCUUCAGUGGGAAACGCGACUCGAGCACAGGGGCCCAAUGGAUCGCGGCUCUACUGUCAUAUUUCCAGUCGGAAGAUAUCUGGAUUGCGAAUACUUACAAGAAGGAUGAGUUUGACGAGGCGAUCAUCAAACACACACCAUGGGUGGAGACACUACACCUCGGAUUCAUCGAUUUCACUACCAUGGUGAAAAUCCUCGAAAAGAACCCUGCCUAUUGGCCGAGGCUUACGAAAGUCGCACUAUCGCACGCGCAUGACAUUUCCGGGAUGCUGAAACUUGCUGAAACUCGGUACCGUAUGGGUCGCCCUCUGAAGGAAUUCGAAUGCCACGAGAGGCCAAGCAUAUUCCAUGAAGAGUAUUCACAGGACUUGAAGAAAAUAAGACACUAUGUGAGCGUGGUACGGCUUAUCAAAGAUUAUGCAAUCGCACUCCCGUUGCCAGAUGUAUGCACCGACGGUGUUCCCUCACCGUGGUUCCAGUGGCCGAAGAGAUUAGUCAGUGAUAUAUGUGAUAACUUAGACGUCUCCAUGCAGCGACUGCGAGAAGUUUCAGAAGUCAUACAUGUGUCAACGGGCUCGAAGCUCAGGCAUUGGGUCAAUAGCACUGACUCGACACUCAGGCUAGUGAUUGCAUUCUCGCAUGUUUGUAUGUGGUCAAUAUUCACGGAAUUCGAGCUUGCUUUGCCAGAUUACACGGACGACAGGAAGCGAGGAGUUUGA